AUGGCCGAUGCAGAGCUGGAGGAGAUCAGGCGAGCUCGCCUCGCGCAGCUUCAACAACAGGGCGGCUCCCGAGGUGGCCCCGCCGGCCAGGAGGGGGGCAGCCAGGAUGACAGGAAACAAGCCGAAUCGGAACGCCGCGCCGCCAUCAUGAACCAGAUCCUCGACCCGGCCGCCGCUGAUCGCCUGGGCCGGAUCCGACUCGUCAAGGAAUCGCGCGCAACCGAUAUUGAAAACCGCCUCAUCAUGCUGGCUCAAACAGGUCAACUUAGACAAAAGGUCACGGAAGAGCAGCUCAAGGAGCUGUUGAAUGCCGUGGCCGAGAACCAGCGCAAGGAGGAGGAAGAGCAGAAGAUUGUGAUCACUCGGCGCAAAGGCGGCUGGGACGACGAUGACGAUCUCCUUGACCUGUGA